AUGUCUAGACGACCCUCCCUUCAAGCUCCGCAACGGCGUAGAAGCUCCACUGGCAAUCAUGCCGAGAGUGAUGCUGCUUUGGCAAAGCUUGGUUACCAGAGCGAGCUUCCCCGGAAUCUGAGCAUGCUGAGUGUUCUUGGACUUAGCUUUGCUAUCAUGGCUGUGCCAUUUGAUGGACAGGCUGUUACUGUGCUUUACGGUUGGAUUUUUGUGUCAAUCAUCUCGCUGAGCAUCGCGGCAUCUUUGGCGGAAAUAUGUGCGGUAUAUCCGACUGCUGGUGGCGUUUACUACUGGUCAGCCAUGCUGGCGACCAAAGAAUGGGCUCCAAUGAUUUCGUAUGUUGAUGGAUGGUUGACUUUAAUUGGAAACUGGACGGUGACACUGAGCAUCAACUUCUCUGGAGGGCAAUUAAUUUUAUCAGCCAUCUCGCUAUGGAAUGAAGACUUCGUACCCAACGCCUGGCAGACAGUACUCAUGUUUUGGGCUGUCAUGCUGAUCUGCGCCAGUGUCAACGCUUUUGGUUCGAGAUACUUGAACAUCAUCAACACCAUAUGCAUUUAUUGGACUGGAGCCAGCGUCAUCAUCAUUCUAAUCACGUUACUAGUCAUGGCUGACGACAAAAGGAACGCCAAGUUCGUCUUUUCGCACUUUGACGCUUCUGCUUCGGGAUGGCCAAGUGGAUGGGCAUUUUUCGUGGGACUUCUCCAGGCUGCUUAUACACUAACUGGAUAUGGAAUGGUAGCCAGCAUGUGUGAAGAAGUCCAGAAUCCUCACAGAGAGGUCCCAAAGGCGAUCGUUCUAUCGGUGGCGGCCGCUGGACUCACCGGAAUUGUCUAUAUUAUCCCGAUUCUGUUCGUUCUCCCAGACGUGGCCACUUUAUUAGCAGUAGCCAAUGGCCAACCCAUCGGACUAUUAUUCAAAACUGUCACUGGCUCUGCAGCCGGAGGCUUUGGCCUCUUAUUCCUGAUCCUAGGAAUCCUCUUCUUCGCCGGCAUUGGCGCUCUGACGGCCGCAUCACGAUGCACAUACGCGUUUGCACGCGACGGCGCCAUCCCCGGCUCCAAACUCUGGUCACGCAUUGACAAACGUCUUGACGUGCCCCUGUGGGGCCUAAUACUCUCCACAACAGUCGACUGCCUCCUCGGCCUAAUUUACUUCGGCUCGACCGCAGCAUUCAACGCCUUCACCGGCGUUGCGACCAUCUGCCUGAGCACAAGCUACGGCAUCCCAAUCCUCGUCAAUGUGGUCCGUGGCCGCAAAGCGGUCAAGCACUCAACGUUCAGCCUUGGCAAAUUCGGCUUCUUCAUCAACAUCGCCACGCUAUGCUGGAUCUGCCUUGCCGUCGUACUAUUCUGCAUGCCCGUCGCGAUACCCGUGACUCCAACCAGCAUGAAUUACGCAAGCGUGGUGUUCGCCGCGUUCUCGUCAGUCGCCAUCACGUGGUAUUUUGUCAGCGCUAGGAAGAGCUUCAAGGGCCCACCGGUGCUGAGCGAUCUGCAGCCGGAAGAGGGCGUUGCGGUUGCGAGCCAUAGUCCGCGUCGUGAUGAGGCAGAGAACGGUUUGAAGGAAGGUAUGGUGGACGAGCCUAAGAAGCUUUAG